GAGAAUUGGUGAGAAUACCAACACGUGAGACAUCCACUUCAGAAAUGGACUCUCCUUACGGUCCUGACUCUUCUGGUGGUCCAGAUCCUCUUGAUGGUCUGGACACGCAUGAUGGUCUGGACACUUGUGAUGGUCCAGAUACGACCACUGUUUCAGAUAAUCUUGAUGGUCCUGACAGCCCUGAUGGUACAGACACUUCUGAUGGUCCACAUAAUCCUGAUGGUCCAGACAUUCCUGAUGGACCAGACACUACUGAUGGUGCGGAUAUUCCUGUUGGUUCAGAUAAUCCUCAUGAUCCGGACACUCCAGAUGGUCCAGACACUCCUUACAGUCUGGGCACUUCUGAUGAUCCUGAUCCCUCUGAUGUUCCUGAUACUUCUGAGGGGCCCAGUACUCCUAUUGGUCCCAUAACUUCUGAUGGUUGCAGUACUUCUGAGAGUCCCCGAGUUUCUCAUGGUCCCAAUGCUCAGGAUGGUCCUGAAUCUCCUGCUCCUCUUGCUGCCCUUCUGGAUCCUGCUAUUUCUGCGGAAGCUGAUGUUCCUGCCCCUCUUUCUGUUCCUGCCGAUGGCCCCGCAUCUCCUAAUGCUGCUGACUAUGAUGAUGAAGAACAUGCUCUACAAGUUGCUAAAGUCGUUCACACUAAGGAGAAAAAUGAUAAAAAUGAAAGUGCCUGUCCUUUGGAGAAAGUAAACAAACGUGAAAUUACAAAAAGUCCAUUGAAAAAAUUGGUGAGGCCAUCAACACCUAAGACAUCUACUGCAGAAAUGGACAAAUUGAUGGAAGUGAACGGUCAUCCCUUGUCAGAGUCCACUAUCAGAUUGGAACGUAAUGAUCAUGCAUUUCCUUACAAAUAUCUAAGAAAGAAAAGAGCCUAUCCAUUGGGAAAAGGAAAUAAAAGUGCAAUUACAAAAAGUCAAUUGAGAGAAUUGGUGAGCAUACCAACACCUGAGACAUCCACUGCAGGAAUGGACUCAAUGAUGGAAAUCAACAGUCUUUCCGCAUCAGAUUCCACCGUCGGAAUGGAAAACAAGUAUAAAGUAGUUCCAUACAAAAGGCUAAAGGAAGUCAAUAAUAGUGAAAAUGAUAUAACUGUAAUAGGAAAUGAAGAAAUGGAAAAACAUAAAGGUUUCUUGCACUUAAAUUGGAAACUAGGAACAGCACAUAAGAAACACAUUAAAAGGAGUGAGCCCCCCUGCCCUCUGGCAGAAGAAAAGAAAAGUGAAAACAGUAAGUUCACUACAAGGGAAUCCGUGUCUGCAUCAACCAGUGAAAGGUCUCCUGUUGAAACGGACACUGCGCAGCAAGCGCAAGUUGACGGCAGUCACGUGCCUGGUGACCUACACCACACCGGGAGAAGAAAGGAAAGAGCCUAUCCAUUGGGAAAAGGAAAUAAAAGUGCAAUUACAAAAAGUCAAUUGAGAGAAUUGGUGAGCAUACCAACACCUGAGACAUCCACUGCAGGAAUGGACUCAAUGAUGGAAAUCAACAGUCUUUCCGCAUCAGAUUCCACAGUUGGAAAGGAAAACAAGUAUAAAGUAGUUCCAUACAAAAGGCUAAAGGAAGUCAAUAAUAGUGAAAAUGAUAUAACUGUAAUAGGAAAUGAAGAAAUGGAAAAACAUAAAGGUUUCUUGCACUUAAAUUGGAAACUAGGAACAGCACAUAAGAAACACAUUAAAAGGAGUGAGCCCCCCUGCCCUCUGGCAGAAGAAAAGAAAAGUGAAAACAGUAAGUUCACUACAAGGGAAUCCGUGUCUGCAUCAACCAGUGAAAGGUCUCCUGUUGAAACGGACACUGCGCAGCAAGCGCAAGUUGACGGCAGUCACGUGCCUGGUGACCUACACCACACCGGGAGAAGAAAGGAAAGAGCCUAUCCAUUGGGAAAAGGAAAUAAAAGUGCAAUUACAAAAAGUCAAUUGAGAGAAUUGGUGAGCAUACCAACACCUGAGACAUCCACUGCAGGAAUGGACUCAAUGAUGGAAAUCAACAGUCUUUCCGCAUCAGAUUCCACCGUCGGAAUGGAAAACAAGUAUAAAGUAGUUCCAUACAAAAGGCUAAAGGAAGUCAAUAAUAGUGAAAAUGAUAUAACUGUAAUAGGAAAUGAAGAAAUGGAAAAACAUAAAGGUUUCUUGCACUUAAAUUGGAAACUAGGAACAGCACAUAAGAAACACAUUAAAAGGAGUGAGCCCCCCUGCCCUCUGGCAGAAGAAAAGAAAAGUGAAAACAGUAAGUUCACUACAAGGGAAUCCGUGUCUGCAUCAACCAGUGAAAGGUCUCCUGUUGAAACGGACACUGCGCAGCAAGCGCAAGUUGACGGCAGUCACGUGCCUGGUGACCUACACCACACCGGGAGAAGAAAGGAAAGAGCCUAUCCAUUGGGAAAAGGAAAUAAAAGUGCAAUUACAAAAAGUCAAUUGAGAGAAUUGGUGAGCAUACCAACACCUGAGACAUCCACUGCAGGAAUGGACUCAAUGAUGGAAAUCAACAGUCUUUCCGCAUCAGAUUCCACAGUUGGAAAGGAAAACAAGUAUAAAGUAGUUCCAUACAAAAGGCUAAAGGAAGUCAAUAAUAGUGAAAAUGAUAUAACUGUAAUAGGAAAUGAAGAAAUGGAAAAACAUAAAGGUUUCUUGCACUUAAAUUGGAAACUAGGAACAGCACAUAAGAAACACAUUAAAAGGAGUGAGCCCCCCUGCCCUCUGGCAGAAGAAAAGAAAAGUGAAAACAGUAAGUUCACUACAAGGGAAUCCGUGUCUGCAUCAACCAGUGAAAGGUCUCCUGUUGAAACGGACACUGCGCAGCAAGCGCAAGUUGACGGCAGUCACGUGCCUGGUGACCUACACCACACCGGGAGAAGGGCUGCCGAGAAUACAUCUACCGAACUCCACAAGGUGGGCGAGAGAGUUGAUAGAAGGAGCAGACGAUUUCACUCAUUCAGCAUAAACAACUUCAGACGCCUUAUCUUCUUCAGGUCCUUCGAGGUCCUCUGAAGUCUUUGGUGUUCAAUUGAGAACUCAAGUCGUAAUCCUCCUCCACGUUUAAGAAGAACAAAAUACAUCUUUGCAUUUUGCAGAAACACUUACUAAGAUUAAACAAAGUGAUCUUUUAUGAUUACUUUAAUUACA